AUGGACAUUCAGAUCGCUCAGACAGAUGAGAGUGUGAAGAGGCAGCAAGGUAAUCUCCCUGGAAAGACCGAUAAGAAUCCUAAAGAAUGCAGUGCAGUUGAACUGAGGAGUGGAAGGAGACUACCAGAUGCGGCCACUAAGAAGCUAACAGCGGCAGAGAAGGGAAAGCAAAAGGAGGGCGAGCAACCGCGAUCCGAAGCUGCUCCUCUCUCUGACGAGGAAACAGAACAGCCUGCUGAGAUUGAUCCAGCCCCUGCCGCUACACCUGUUAAGCCUGUUCCUACGCGCGAAUACACACCUAAGGUUCCAUACCCUGUUCCCACAAAAAAGUCUCAGAAGGAUCGUGACGAGAUGAAGUGUAAGAAGAUGCUAAAGGAUCUAACUAUCAAGUUACCUCUGACUGAUGCAAUCCAGAUGAUUCCUUUUAUGCGCAGUUUGAUGAAGGGUUUGGUCUCAGGAAAGAUAACUCGAGACAGUGAGGUUAUGUUGGUUUCGAAGGAGUGUAGUGCAGUGCUUCAGAACAGGCCAAUUAAGAAAUUGGGUGAUCCAGGAAAAUUUUGUCAACCUCAUGCCUCACUCUGUGGCAAAGCGACUGGGUUCACAGACUUCAAGCCAACAAGAAUUUCCAUGGUGUUCGCGGAUAGAUCAGUUAAGCCACCGGUGGGUAUUCUGGAAGAUCUCCAUGUCCGAGUAGGCAACACCUUUGUUCCAACAGAUGUUGUGGUUCUAGAGCUUGACGAAGAACCAAGAGAUCCACUCAUCCUGCGCCGUCCUUUCUUAUGCACAGCUGGUGCGAUUAUUGAUGUUCGACAAGGAAGGAUUGAUCUUCACCUUGGAGACAUUGCGAUGAAGUUCGAGAUGAACAAGUUGCUGAAGCAGCCGAUGAUAGAUGCGCAGACCUACUCAGUUGAAGACGAAGAUCAGGAACUGUUCCCUCAAGAGGGAAUGAUUGAGGCAAUCUUAACUGAUGAACCACUUGAACUGGCCCUGAUCCGAGCUGAGACUGAGCCCAACAUCAAGAACGUGGACGCGGAUUGGCUACAACAAGAUACUUGA